UCGAAUUAUUUCAUAAUAAUGGAACCACCUAAAGACAAAUGGAAUAUUGUGCUACUCAUAUUUAUUAUACAUGGCAUUGGAACAUUGAUGCCAUGGAAUAUGUUUAUAACGGCAAAGAGUUAUUUCGUUGAUUUGAAAUUAAGCGGAAAUUCAAAUUCAACAAGUGCUUCAAAUUAUGCAGCGAAUUUCUUACAAUAUCAUGGAUUUGCGUCUCAAAUUCCCAAUGUGGUAUUUAAUUGGCUCAAUGUGUUUUUAAAUUUGGGUGGAAAUUUAACGACACGAAUGGCGAUUAGUAUAUUAGUGGAGCUGUGUAUAUUUGUGGUUACAGUUAUUAUGGCCAUGAUUGACUCUUCGAAUUGGCCCGGAGCCUUUUUUUGGAUAACAAUGAUCACAGUAGUCGUCUUAAAUAUGGCUAGCGCUGUUUACCAAAAUACUAUAUUUGGGAUGGUCGCUACAUUUCCCUUUAGAUAUACUGGCGCGGUUAUAUUGGGAUGCAACAUUUGCGGCCUCUUUGUAUCUUUAAUAAGUAUUGGGAGUAAUUAUAUAUUUUCUACAAUUAGAAUUGCUGCCAUUUAUUACUUCAUAACGGCGAUGUUGCUUUUGUUAUUUUGUUUUGAUACAUUCUUCGCAAUACCGCUAAACAAAUUUUUCAUAUAUAAUCAACUUUCUCGAAAAACUGAAGGCAGUGAAAAUGUGAAAACUUCGGAAAUACCUUAUUGGACUAUCUUUAAGACAGCAUCUAUGCAGCUGUUUAAUGUAUUCAUAAUAUUCUUUGUAACCCUAGCGGUUUUUCCUGCCGUAAACUCUGACAUCAAGGCAUCUUCAUCAGAUUUUUUCAUAAAGGAUCCUAUUAUGUAUAUACAAAUUACCUGCUUUUUAACAUUCAAUUUAUUUGCGAUGCUUGGAAGUUUGACUUCAUAUUGGAUUCAAUGGCCUGGGCCGAAAUAUUUGGUCAUACCAGUUACCUUGCGAUUGGUUUUUAUACCGUUAUUCCUGUUUUGCAAUUAUUUACCACUAAACGUCGAGAGAAAACUGCCAGUUAUUAUAAACAAUGAUUGGAUUUACUGGAUUAUUGGUGUUUUAAUGGCAUACACUUCCGGAUAUUACAGUGCUCUGGCGAUGAUGUAUGCACCACAGACAGUUGAACAAAACAACCAGGUCAAAGCUGGAAUGUUCGCCGGUGCGAUGCUCAUAAGUGGGAUUUUUUGUGGAAUUUUGUUUUCAUUCAUAACUCCCUACUUAGUCUAAUAUGAAAUAAAUUGAGAUCUACAUCAUGUAUUAACUUUUUACGGAAAUUAAAAAUUUACAGUUACGAACCUAGAUUUCCGGCCUAUACUAAUAUAUGUACUUAUAUAUAUACUAAUUGUCCAUAGCAAAGAUAAAAUCUAAAAAAUAAAGUAUGUGGUUUUAUUUUAAAUCUGUUAAAUUUAUUUUAAUUAAAUGCAAAAUUACGAGAUACCAUAGUUAUUAAAAAAAUUCGUAUUGCAACCCUGUUUCACGUGAGUAGUCAUUAUAGAUUAAAAAGCAAAGUGUGGCAUAGCGCCUACUCGCUCUGCUGGCGAGAGAAUAAAAAUGUACGAAAUACCUCUCACGUGCUUCACCACUUGCACGCUCUUUAUUACACUUAGCAUGUGAAUGUGUACGCAAUACCCCUCUUAUCCUCACUAUUUCUAUCAAGAAUAUAAACUACUUUCCAUGUAAUAAGCUCAAAUUCAAGCAAGUAUUUGAAUGAUUACUUUUUUAUAGUUUUCCUUUGUUAGUUUGGCUUUCGGUGCUUACGUUUUAUAGGUAUAUUGUUCAAAAGCUGAAUAUACUAUGGUCACGCGCAGUUUGAAGGGAAAAUUUUUAGUGUUACACACACACUACUGUAUCUCGUUAAAUGCGCGUGUGACAUUUUCUCCUUUUCAGCGCACCCUUGCCCCAACCUUCUGAAUGAUUUGGUCAUAUGACCGCUAGUUUAAUCAUGCAUAUGCAACAACUAUAAUCUUAUACCCGUGCUAUAACAUUUGUGUGAGUAGUUUGGCUAUAUAUUAACUGUUCCCAGCGAAAGUGACAACUGGUAUAUAAUUGAAAAACCAGCAAGCACUACGAGUUGAACAACUCAACAGCGGAGUUUAGCGUUCAGUGAAGAAAUUGAAAUCACUCACAGUGUUGUCAGCGACCGAACCGACCAGUGCUUGUUCGAACUCCUACGCUCUAGCAGCAAGUUACCAGUCAAGACCCAAGAAAGGCCUAAAGCUAACCACAAGUUAGUCAAGUGAGUGUUGGAAAUGUGCAAUCUGUGUUACAAGUUGAAAAAAUAUAUAUGACAUACGGUCUGCUUAGUGUGUUGAAGUUGUAGAAAAAAGUGAAGGGAGGGAAAUUAUAGCUGAAUUGAAUUUGUACUGUUUGCUGAAACGAUUUUGAGAAAUAUCAAGUAGACAAUAGUCGAUUCACUUUAAACAUCCCCAGGGGAAAUUGGAAAGAAUACGCAAUAACAGAACGCUCUGAGGCAGAGGCAGAAAAAUUGCCACGACAUUUGCUGAAACACAAGGCAAAAGAAAGUGGGAAAAGGAGCUUCUCUGAUUUGACAAGUGAGCACCAAAAGUAGUGACUUUGCGAAUGUGAUAUAAAUAAAUAGAAAAACUUACAAAACACCCCGCACAUACACAACAAAACAGAAUCAUGUCUGAUGCACAGAGCGAUAACCCAAUCUACGGACCCUUCUUUGGAGUCAUGGGAGCAGCCUCAGCCAUCAUUUUCAGUGCUCUGGGAGCCGCCUAUGGUACCGCUAAAUCAGGAACUGGUAUCGCUGCCAUGUCAGUAAUGCGACCAGAAUUGAUCAUGAAAUCUAUCAUUCCCGUUGUCAUGGCUGGUAUUAUUGCCAUUUACGGUUUGGUCGUAGCUGUCCUUAUUGCUGGUGCUUUGGAUGAGCCCCUAAGUUACUCACUGUACAAGGGUUUCAUUCAUUUGGGUGCCGGUUUGUCGGUAGGUUUCUCUGGUUUAGCGGCAGGUUUUGCGAUCGGUAUUGUUGGUGAUGCUGGUGUAAGAGGUACAGCACAGCAGCCGCGUCUCUUCGUCGGUAUGAUUUUGAUUCUCAUUUUCGCUGAAGUAUUGGGUCUGUACGGUCUUAUUGUUGCCAUUUACUUGUACACAAAAUAAAUUAAUACAACAAUUACAACCACAAAUCCAACAUCCACAUCAACUAAAAACAAAAAUAUGCAACAAAAAAAAAAUCAACCAACCAAACAAUCAUUAAAAUGCAACAAGCAACAUCCAUUAAAGAAAUUUGUAAUAAUAUAAACGCAGCAACAACCAAACAAAGCCAAGACGAGAAGAAUCCGCGACAAGUAUUACAGUAAAAGUAGCUGGCAAACAAUGGUGAAAACAGCAGCAGCAGCAGCAGCAGAUCUCAAGCAGUGCCGCAAUUGGUUGUAAAAAGGCCAAAAUGAAAAUAAAGUUCCACGUAUGGCUGAUUUUUAGUAUUGAAAUAUUCAUAACGUCGAAGAAAGGAAGAGACAAACGAAUUGUUGCGAGACAGUAUUGCUUUACAAAAUGUCACAACAUUCUGUAGUUGCCACGAGCCGCAGACAAUUUCGUCAUAUGUAUGUCUAUAUAUAUAUAUGUAUAACCCAGCUUUAUUCUAUUUAUGUUACGUUACUUUAUGAUUUUAAUUUAUUUUUGGGGAACUAAGACCAUUAUCAACAACCAAAACAAAAAAUUACAACAAUUUAUAUUUGUAUAUACAUAAAGUAACCAAGUGUUAAACUAAAAAGAAAGUCUGGGUUUCUUUUUUCGCCGUGAAUGCAAUGGGAAUAAAGUUACUACGGAAAUGUUAUUUAUAUUUCAACACUUACAACCGCGGUUGCACCAAAGAGCUAACGAUCGCAACAAACGUCGCUGCCAAUGUUUUUUUUUUUUUUGUUUUUUAUGUUUAGUUACCGUAUUUCGUUAAAACAUAUUUUUGCUGUGAGUUGAAAAAUUGCUUCCUCUUGUCACGUGUUUAUGCGUUUAUAUUACUAGCGAUUUUCUUAUUCGUUAAUGUUUUUUCUGAUAUUUCCUUUUUGUUUCUGUGUAAUUAUAAUUAUAAAUAUUUUUCAACAACGUUUAUUGUUGUUGUUUAAAGAAAAACUUGCGUAUUCAAAGUAGAAAAUGAAAAUAUAAAUACUACAACCAAAAGCAGUAAAAGUUAAAAAGCAAACGGGAAUGGAAACAACCAACCAACCAACAAACUUAUUAAAUAAAAUGUACAUGUAAAUUUAAAUUUAAAAUUAAUAUUAAAUUUAAUUAAAUUUAAAUAAAGAAAACAAAGAAACAGUAUAUAGUUAAAAAAUAUUAAAUAAUUAGUGAGAAACCACCAACAAAGCAACAACAAAGACAACCAUCAAAUGAACAAAAACCACCACCAAAAACAACAAAAUGAGAACAGCAUGCAAAGAACUGAAUGUGAAUCACUUUCGAAAACCGCCUUCGGUAAAAGUGAGACGUCGCGGCUAAUGUGGAUUGAACCGCAAUUUUUCAUUGCACUUCUGCUAAACGUAGCUGUUUAGUUCAACUUUCGAAGAUACAUGUAUAUUCUUCACUACUCCCCUCUGGGCGCUUGCGUGCUACGCAUAUGAACAAUACACACACACACACACACAUCGAGGAACUGAUUGUUAACGGCAAUCAUUUGCGCCCAAUAAAAUUCAACACCACCGCUUCAAGCCUACUUUUAGGCGUUAUAAUUUUUCAAACGAUUUAUUUUCUACGCCACACGUCCGCAUUCACGGUUCGCAUUGUUUUUGUUGCAUUGCUUGAAGGAAAAGACCAAAUUGUUGAAAACAAAAAUGACAGCUCUUUAAAAUGAACGCAAACAUAAUGCGAAAUGAGUUGGUUAAAACAACAAAUAGUUCACUGAAAGGGAAACACACACAUCCACGCAAAAUGAAGGAAUGGUUGAAACAACAUCGAUUAAUACAAAACAUCCGAUCACAUACCAACUCACACAACACACACACUGUAACUAAGUCCCUAUAUAUAUGUGUUUAUUUUUAAUUAUUGUUCAAUUUGUAAGAACUAUUAUUAAUAAUAAUUAUAAUAUAUUUCUUUUUUUUUUGUGAUAAGCUUAAAAGAAAGUUGCUUAUGAAACAUUUGAAAUUUCGCAGCGAAUACAUAAAAACUACUAAAUGGUAUUUAUAUAUGUAUAACUAUAUCUAUAAAUACUUAAUAUACAUACAUACAUACAUAACACAUAAUAUAGAUAUAUAUAUAUAAUUAUUAAAAAUAAUUAAUUUACAUACUAUACAUAUUUAAACCAAAUGGAAGUGCGAAAGCGCUGAAAUUGUUACAAAAGCUAAAAAAUUUACAAAACAAAAAACGAAAAACAAAAUGAUACAGGUGUAUGUGGCGUAGCAUUUAAGCAAAACAAAAAGAAAAAACAAAAAAAACCGUUAGAAGUUGAUGCAAUACGAAACAAAGGCAGAGUUGAAGUAUGUGUGCAGUUUGAAAGCUAAACGACAAGUAAACUAUGACCUAGUGGCUCACAUACAUACACUACUGCAAAUCACUUCCCGUCAGGCACUCACAUAUUGGAUAUUUCUCUACUUUGCCAAAAGUAAAAAAAUAUUCGCUGUGCAAUGCAACCACACUAAACAUCCACAUUAUUUCCUCUGUUAUGUAUAGAAAUGCAAAUAAUUAUAUAUAUAUAUAUACGAAAUUAUAAAAAGUAAAAAAAUAUUAUGUAAAAUCUUAUAACAUAUAAAAAUAACAAAUAUGUGCGUAUUUAGUAAAAUUUCGCUGAAGAAGAUAAAAUGUUAAAUAAGCGGUAGUCGAAAUCGAAAAGUAGACGCUAGAGCGUUGAAAGUCGAAGAUGUAGUAGAAGAAAUGAAUUGAGGAAGUAACAAAAAUGUAAAACAAAAAUGUGAAAAAUCAACAAAAAAAA